GCGACAGCCACUAAAUUCGUGGCACCGACUCGCGUUUAGUUAACGCCUCUCCCCUUUCCCCCCGGUGAAAAUUAACGCGAGCGUAAAGUUGGCGAUAAAAACACAAUUUUUCGAAUCGGUGGUCCUGUGCCGAAUAAAUAAAUCAAGAUGCCAGCGGUACGUGGAGAUGGCAUGCGUGGACUCGCUGUAUUUAUUUCGGACAUAAGAAAUUGCAAGAGCAAAGAAGCUGAGAUUAAGAGGAUAAACAAAGAAUUGGCAAAUAUACGAAGCAAAUUCAAAGGCGAUAAAACACUCGAUGGAUAUCAGAAGAAAAAAUAUGUCUGCAAACUACUGUUUAUUUUCCUUCUCGGCCAUGAUAUUGAUUUUGGACACAUGGAGGCUGUUAAUCUGCUGUCCUCCAAUAAGUACUCAGAAAAGCAAAUCGGAUAUCUCUUCAUAUCGGUCCUAGUAAACACAAACAGCGAUCUCAUAAAACUCAUAAUUCAGAGUAUCAAGAAUGAUCUCGGCUCACGUAAUCCUAUCCACGUGAAUCUGGCAUUGCAAUGUAUCGCCAAUAUUGGUAGUAAGGAGAUGGCUGAAGCCUUUGGCAAUGAAAUUCCGAAACUCCUGGUUUCUGGAGACACAAUGGACGUGGUGAAGCAGAGUGCAGCCCUCUGCCUCUUACGCCUCCUGCGAACAGCUCCGGACGUAGUGCCAGGUGGUGAAUGGACUUCGCGCAUCGUGCACCUCCUGAACGAUCAGCACCUCGGUGUAGUAACAGCAGCAGCCUCCCUGAUCGACGCACUAGUAAAACGAAACCCAGAGGAGUACAAGGGCUGCGUGAGCCUAGCAGUCUCCCGACUGAGCAGAAUCGUCACAUCAAGUUACACAGACCUGCAGGACUACACCUACUACUUCGUGCCAGCGCCCUGGCUCUCAGUAAAACUCCUCCGACUCCUCCAGAACUACACUCCCCCAGCAGAGGACCCAGGUGUCCGAGGGCGACUAAACGAAUGCCUAGAAACGAUCCUGAACAAAGCCCAGGAGCCCCCAAAAUCCAAAAAAGUCCAGCACUCAAACGCCAAGAACGCAGUUCUCUUCGAAGCCAUCAGUCUGAUCAUCCACAACGACAGUGAGCCAAACCUUCUAGUGCGAGCUUGCAAUCAGCUCGGUCAGUUCCUCUCUAACCGAGAGACGAAUCUUCGUUACUUGGCUCUAGAAUCCAUGUGUCACCUGGCAACAUCAGAGUUCUCCCACGAGGCUGUCAAGAAGCACCAGGAGGUAGUCAUCCUCUCCAUGAAGAUGGAGAAGGACGUCUCAGUGCGCCAGCAAGCAGUGGACCUGCUCUACGCCAUGUGUGAUAAGAGCAAUGCAGAGGAGAUUGUCCAGGAGAUGCUGAAUUAUCUCGAGACAGCUGACUACUCCAUCAGAGAAGAGAUGGUACUCAAGGUUGCUAUUUUAGCUGAGAAAUACGCGACAGAUUACACGUGGUAUGUCGAUGUUAUUCUGAACCUGAUUAGGAUAGCUGGAGAUUAUGUUUCUGAGGAGGUCUGGUACAGAGUCAUUCAGAUAGUCAUAAAUCGAGACGAUGUUCAGGGUUAUGCUGCCAAGACUGUCUUCGAGGCUCUCCAGGCACCUGCCUGUCACGAGAAUAUGGUCAAAGUUGGUGGCUAUAUUCUUGGAGAAUUCGGGAAUCUCAUUGCUGGUGAUCAGAGGUCAUCACCAGCUGUACAAUUCCAACUUUUACAUUCCAAGUAUCAUCUCUGCUCACCCAUGACGCGAGCCCUGUUGCUGUCUACGUACAUCAAGUUUGUGAAUUUGUUCCCGGAGAUCAGGAGUCCCAUUCAGGACGUGUUCAGGCAGGAUAGUAAUUUGAGAAGUGCUGAUGCUGAAUUGCAGCAGAGGGCGUCUGAGUACCUCCAGUUGAGCAUCAUUGCGUCGACGGAUGUGCUGGCCACUGUUUUGGAGGAAAUGCCUGCCUUCCCCGAGAGGGAAUCGUCCAUCUUGGCGGUGCUGAAGAAGAAGAAACCUGGAAGGGUGCCUGAGAAUGAGGUCAGGGAGAGCAAGAGCCCAGCGCCGAAUACCAAUCAUCAUGUCGAGGUUCCUUCGGCCAUUUCUGUGGCUAAUGUCAAUAAUUCUUCGGCGGAUUUGUUGGGACUCUCGACGCCUCCUUCUUCACAGCCUACUAGUAAUACUGGAGUGCUUCUGGAUGUUCUUGGGGAUAUUUAUAAUAUGCCGAACAAAGUUGGCGCUUCCAAUGGUGCACAAAAUACGUAUAAUCCGAAAAAGUUCGUCUGUAAAAACAAUGGAGUUCUCUUCGAAAACGAUUUGAUCCAGAUCGGUGUAAAAUCAGAAUUCAGGCAGAAUCUCGGACGCAUUGGUUUGUUCUACGGCAACAAAACGCAGUAUGCACUUAAUAAUUUUGCUGUACAGUUGUCCUGGUCGGAAGAGGACCAAUUGAAGCUCGCUGUGCAGGUUAAACCUGUUGAUCCGGUGCUGGAGGCUGGUGCUCAGAUACAACAGAUGAUCAAUGCUGAGUGUAUCGAUGAUUACAACGAUACACCUGCCAUGCUCAUAUCGUUCCUAUGCAAUAAUGUGCCACAGAAAAUAACGAUGAAAUUACCACUGACGAUAAAUAAAUUCUUCGAACCAACGGAAAUGAAUGGGGAGUCCUUCUUCGCUAGAUGGAAGAAUCUUGGAGGUGCAAAUCAGCAGCGUUCACAGAAAAUCUUCAAAGCCCAAACGCCCAUGGACCUCCAGCAGGUGCGCACUAAGCUCCAGGGCUUUGGAAUGCAGCUGCUGGACGGCAUCGAUCCAAAUCCCGACAAUUUCGUAUGCGCUGGAAUUGUCCACAUGAGAGCACAACAGGUCGGCUGUCUUCUGCGCCUGGAGCCCAAUAAACAAGCACAGAUGUUCCGGUUAACAGUGCGUUCCAGCAAAGAGUCAAUGUCAAUAGAGGUAUGCGAUCUCCUGGUGGACCAAUUUUAAUGCGCCCCUCAGGUACACAACGAGGACACAGAAACAUUAACUCACGAGUGUUCUGUUAAUUUAUGCAACCCUCAAAACCCCGUGGGGACCUUACUGUUCGUUCUCAACGUACAACGAGGACACUGUUGUUGAUAUUACCUCGGUGAUGUAUCCGCAUGUACCCCAAGAUUAUACUCAUGACGGCACAUCACGUGCAUAAGGCAUCUUUAAUCAUCCCGAGCCUGAUAAUUCGAGAUAAUUCAAGAUGUAAUGAUUGAUGACGACAUUGUUGAUGAAGAAAUGAACAAAAUAUCUGUUACCUUUGGUGAAUGAGAAUAUCACACUUAGCUGAAAAGACGAAGAUUGGCUACCAAGGACAGUAUUAAGUCCAGAAUUUAAUUCUUACUAAUUUUUGUAUUGAUUCAGUUGAUAAGUGUCGCUCAUCCCUCUUUUGUUUUUUAUUUUUUAAUUCUCCCACCGUGAAGCACUGAGGAAUGACUAGAGUAGGUCCAACGAGUUAUAAUUAUUUUAAUUGAUAGAAAUCAGUAGAUUUACUUCUGUGAGUCUUCCUAGCUGUGCUCUGCGGUCUGUCUUCUCGCUGUAUGUCUCGUUUUCUCACCUUAUUUCUUACAUUAUCUGUUGCCUGAACGCCCCUGUGUCGAGAACGAACGUGUGGGCUUUUACCUCUCCCUGGGCGUGACGAUAAUAGCUGUACAAUAUCAAUAUUCGUUUAUCCCUAAGUCCAAUGUUAUUUAAUGAAGCUCAAAAAUGAAGAAUUUUUUUUUUCAUGAAUCUGAAGGCUCACGCCCUAGAUUUUUCUUUUGUCACUGUCACUAGAAAUUUUUUCACUGAUUUAUCAGUCGAUUGAGUGUGCAGAAUUAUUUUAGGGCUUGCAGAAAAUGGUGGAAGGUGUCAGAAUGAUACGAGUCGUUACUUUUUUUAUUCUAUUUUUAAUUUCAAUGAAUUUUUUCCUUCGGUUCUCUUGGAGGGAUAUGAUUAAAAUGUCUCACUGCAGUGAAAAUGAAUGAUAAUCCAAUUGUAAAGGUAGUAUCAUAAUUGUAAAUAAAUGUCACCCUGAUUGUUGAUGGCAGUUGACGUAAGAGAUUAUUAAUGAGAAGAAUAUGCGAGUAAAUUCGUAAAUUUAUGGAGAAACUAUCCCCGCUGAAACCUGUCGCUACCCUUCUUUUUUGAAUUUAUUUUUAUAAUUUUUUUUCUUCGUUGCUGCACUGUUAAAUGCUCUAUGAGUGUCUGUCGUAAUUCCCCCGAUCCCCCGCCCCAAGGUGUAUGUAUAUUAUUUUAUUCACCCGUGGAAUCUGUAAAAAUUUGUUUGUAGACAUUCACUUUCAUAUCAGUCAGAGAAAUUAUAAAAGAAUUAUAGCGUAGCUUAAAAUAAUUCAGUGAAUUAGGUUUUUUUUUCUUAAUUUCGAUCAUCAUUGAGGGUAAGGAAAUUAUGGGAUACUGAGGAGGUUUUGAUUUUAUUUUUAAUUGUUAUUAAUAUGAGCUCCACAUCCGGUGGAGAACCGGUUCGACAGGACGUUAAAGUGAAUCUCAACGAGUCAUUAUAUGAUAAUCAACUUUCUUCAGUAUCCAAAGAAACUGAUAACAAAAAAAUUGAAUAUUAAAAUUCAAUCAACGUGAAUAAAUGAACUCAUGCUUUACAGAGUUUCUCAAAAUAAUUUGUCUUUUGAACAUUCAAAUGAUAAUUUUUGAUUGAAACUUCGAGAAACCUUUAUUGUACAAAGGAUUUAGAGAAAAAUGGUGAGAUAAAAAUCCAAAAAGGGAAUAAUGCUCGAAUCAUUAGACUAUGCCUCGUCAUAUAUUCACAAGAAAUAUAAAGAAGUAUAUAUGUACCAUGAAUUCGUAUAUAUAAAAGUCUAAAGAGAAUCAUGAAUACGAGAGUGAGAGGAGGAUAAAUGGUAAAAAUCGUGCUAAAAUAUCCAAAAGAAAGCCUUUGUCUUAAUUCCUUGUAUAUGUUGCGUUAUGUUUUUCCCCCUAUUAGUUUCAAAUUCAGUUUCUCCAUUAUACUUGCAAUAAAAAUGAAUUUAUUAUCGCCAAACUGUAAACGAGCGAAUAAUUUCUGUGUAAUUAUUUGAAUUAUUUUUUAUCGUCGAGCCCCAUGUACAUGUAUGUUUGUAAGACAUUAUUGAUUUAUAUUAUUAAACAAUAUAAUAUCUCAUACACAUGUUGCAUUGAUUCAAAAACACUUCCACGAUUAUCCAAACGAAGUCAUAAAUAUCAAUAUAGUCAGACAUAUAUCUCCAGAGUAAAACGGCCUCACGGGGUACUAUUGUUACCAUUCAGCCCGAUAAUAAUAGUAGUUUUAAUGGGACAAUUGAUAUUGAAAAAUGAGACAAAAUAAUAUGAACGAAAUUGUGUGUUUAUGAUGUAAAAUCGUGUGUUUACAGAAAAGUCGUACAUUAGUCCUUAAAAACUAAACUCGUACAAUUUGAAAGUGAAAUAAGACUGCCCGUUCACAUUGAAUUCAUAAAAUAAUUACACGCUUGACAUUUCUAUUAUUUAGAAUGAACGAACAUAGAGUACUGUUGAAAAUUUCUGUUUAAAGUUUCCAAUACGAGAUUUUUUUAAUUCAAGCCAAACCUCUGAAUAUCCAGGAUUGCAUUCAAAAUUGCCGGAAAUAAAGUAAUAUUACAGAAAACGCAACUUGUUUUAUUGUUGAUGAUGAAAAUGAAGAAACCUCAAUGCAGAUGUUUCUUCAGUUAGCUACAACUUCACAAUUUAUCAGCAUUUCUCCUCCAACUUUCAUAUCUGAUCUUGUUAUUCAACCAGGAAUUUUUAUGCAACGGACUAAAUUGAAACUUAAUAGCCUUACCGACUGAAACUUCUCAUAAAAUAUUCAAAGUUGCCUUGCAUUCCUGCCGGUAAACUAAUGAAAUGUUAUUGCAAUAUCAGAAAAUCGGACGAAGUCUUCAGUUUUCCUGAACAAUCCCGUAUGAAUAUUCAAUGCUGCUGUAUUAGUUACGUGCAUUUUAUUGCGAUUCCCUGUGGAAAUCUGAAAAUUCGUAUACACACUGAGAGAAAAAAUUACUUUUGACAAAGAUGAUUUCCUUCGUACAAGAAAAUAUUCUCUUGCCAAUUUCUAGAAUCGUGAAAUCUCCUGCUAAAUAAUGGAUUGUAAUUGUAAUUGUAAUAAAUAAUUGUGCUCACACUGAGAGAAAGAAGUCUUUCAACAGAAUGAGAUUCUCGGCUCCCGAGAAAAUUUUCAAGUGUUAGCAUAACACUAGAAUGAAAUAAUCUAGAUUUUAACACUAGAAUUGAAUAAUCUAGAAUUUAAUGGAUUGAGAGAAUUCACACUUUGCCGAUCUGAUCACUCAACAUCUACCCCUCAGGAAUUCUUGUUUUGAACGCAUGACCAACACUUUCCUUAUCAGUUCAAGUGUACAGAAAAUUGAUCUCAAGUUUUGCGCUCUUUGUGCAAGAUUUUAUGUAGUCAAAGUCCUGAUGAAAAAAAAAUUCUAGAUAUAACGCAAACUACAUGAAUUUAUGGGAAGGACAUAAUUUCUAGUAUUGAGAGCGCUUAAAAAUUCUCUCGGGACAAGAGAAUCGCAUCCUGUUGGAAAACUUGUUCUGUCAGUCUGAGAACGAAAUUAUUCAUCAGGAGACUGCACGAUUUUUAAAAUUGACAAGAGAAUAUUUUCUUCUGUAUUAUCCCCGGGCUAUCUACUCGGCCAAACCUUACAUAUUCUUAAGGAAUACAUUACAUGGAAAGCAGGAUGCUAUAUACUAUCCUUCAACUUUUCGGACCUCUAUAUGAGGGAAACAAUGAAUUAAUUAUCAAUACACAAUUUAAAAAAUUCGGAGGCACACGGACUUGAACUCGUUUUGGAUAUAAUUAAUAAUAAUUAAUUAUUUGUUGAUAAUUAAUUAAUUGUUUUCCUCAUACACAGGAUAAUUUCCAUGUAAUUUGUACCUUGAAAAUAUCCAAGGUUUGACCGAGUACAUAGCCCGGGGAUAAUACAGAAUGUAAAUAUAUCGAUGGAAAAUAACAUCUUUCAUUGUAAUGAAUAUUUUCUUGUAUCAAGUAAACCUUCUUUGUCAAAACUAGUUUUUUCUCUCAGUGCGCCGUGAAUUUGAAGCACUUUUAUCGAAAACUUCAUUUAGAAAUUUUCACCAGUGGUAGAAAUAUCUCGCUCACGCUCGCAGUCGAAUUAACAAAUUGAUAAUAAUUAAUAAGCGUUCAGCUUUCACCUUGCCUGCCACACCCUUAUCGCCCUAAUUUCUCCACUGCUGGCUCAACACAAAACGCUCUCAUACAAUUGUCACGACAAUACUUCAUUAAUAUCAUUCUCUGAAACCAUCUGGAUCAGCCUGCUCGACAAUUGUACGAGAUGAAACAAUGGAAAUAUCGUUUGAUGAUGAAUAAACUCUCCCUCGACCGCCUGUUUUAUCGAGGUCGCCGAACCAAAUAUAAUAACUAUGUUAUAUAAUUAAAUAAUUGGAUAAAUCCUAAAGUAUAUAUUACACUUAAAACUAAUCUACUCGACACUGAUCACUAGCUUACGCUUUAUUUACGUCUCUGAGAUCCUUGGAAAUUUCUCACAUGACAAAUGAGACAAAUUCAAAACAAAAAUUAUUACGACAUAAUAUUUUAUCAAUAAUUGGCACUAUUGUAGAGAUUAGCUUUCAUUAACAAGAAUGAUUAUCAUCUCAGUGAAACUGGUAUGCCAUGAUUUUGCACUUGUUAACGGAACCGCAAAUGAUGAAUUAAUUUUUUUGGUCCAAAUAAAUCCACAGAACGAAUUAAACGAAUCAUUAUCAUUAAAACUAUUGAUAAAACCGUACGUAUGAGCUGAGAAAAUGUCUUUGGUUAUAUACAAGAAAAUUGUAUAUGUGAUCAACUAAAUAUAUACAAAAAGAUAUAGAUAAAAGUUAAAAAAUAAAAACAAAAUGAAGAUAAUAUAAAUAUAUAUAUACUGCGAGUGCAAAGUUAGGAUUCUGUACAUGUUUAUUUCUGAGCGCAGGAUGCAUUGAGUUUUAGACGUUUUUUUAGUUUAGAUGAUUGAUGCGAACGAAUGACGAGUAUUAUUGUGAAUUCGAUUGGGCUUCGAGAUCUAUUGUGAUUUGAAAUAUCAAAUUGUAUUCCCAGAUCGAAUAAAUAUAUAUGUACAACUGCUGUUAAGAAA